GACGCGCGAGACGCGCAGAAAAGUUGUACGAAACUAGUGUCAACAAAAAUAGCCGCCGCAGGCGUUCAACGAAGCUUGGGUAGCGUGAGUCGCAACCGGCCAAGCAAUCAAAAGGCUGCUGCAAAAUUAUCGAAAGUUUCGCAAACUUUAGUGCAUGCCCCAUCUUACCUCAUUUGAUUGACAUCGGUAGCUACGCUGGCCGCACGUUGACCAUGAAUGACAAGCCCGAAGCCGACAAAUGGGUAAUGAAACAAGGCCCGAAGUACAAGCAACGUUACCGCAAGGAGUGGGAAGAAUGUCCGGCCUUUCGGGGCUGGCUGGCACCUGUGGCGGAGAAUGCCUGCAUAGCGUUCUGCAAGAACUGCAAAAUCACUUUCACGGCCAAGCUGAGUGACAUCCGGUCCCACUCGACCUCACGCAAGCACCAGAAGGCCAUGCAGGGGCAGCUGCCACGCAAGCGUAUGUCAACCGUCCUCAGGCUUCAGGGCAUCGAGUCACUUGAUGUGAGCAACAUAGUGAGCCUGUACCGGGAGAUAGCCCGAGUACCAGAGGCACGAGAUGCAUUUGUGCAACUGGGCCAGGAUGGUCAGUCCUUGACUCUGCACACCCUGUGGGAGGUACGCGAUGUGGAACAGGGGGAACAGGCCCGCUUCUCUCGCCACCACCUGGGCUUGUUCGAUGAGCAGAACAAGCUAUGCUUCCAGGCUGUUGGUCAUCCUCAGGACUGUUCAUCUGAAAUUUUAACAGCAUUUUCUCAGUCUGGAUCAUACAAGGCUGUCUUGAGGAAAGUCACCAAGAAAGGAGAACCCAAACAGAUGAUGGAGUUUUGGGACCAGAAUAUGAAGCUGGACUCAGUGGACUUGGAAGCUGUGAAUGCUCACGGCAAGGUCCAUGAGAGUGGAACUUUCAGCAGCUUCUCAUGGUCCAACAGUGAGAACCAGCUACUCUACGUUGCUGAGAAGAAGCAGCCCAAGCGAGCAUCCUACUUCAGCCGCACUGAAAAAGAAGUUGAGAAGGGUACAGAAUUCUUGUACCGAGACAGCUGGGGUGAGUGUCACGUGGACCACUACCAGCCUGUGCUGUGCACCAUCAAUGUGUACAGCAGCGCCAUCAAUGUGCUGGACAACCUGCCCGAGAACAUCUCACCAGGGCAGGCCGUGUGGGCUCCUGAAGACCUGGGCAUCCUCUUUGUUGGCUGGGAGGGCAGCCCCUGGAAGUUGGGGCUUAUCUACUGCAACAACCGCAGGUCUCGCUUGUAUUACUACGAAUUUGAGACAGACAAUUACGUCACUAUUGGCGACACGAACAAGAGCAUCUGCUCGCCACGGUUUAGCCCGGAUGGCAACACGCUCGUGUACUUGCAGUCGGAGGCUGGAGGGCCCCACUUCCAAGCCUGCCAGCUGGUCAAGUGCUGCUGGGAGACCAAGCAAACGUUGAUUGUAGUCGACAGGGUUAGUACGCCAAUAGGCAACGAGUUCCCUGGUCUGUACCUGGAUGCACUCCCACAGAAUUGCUUCAUCGGUGACGGCAACACUGUAGUGCUUUCCACUUGCUGGCAUAGCAAAUGGGAGGUUAUUGGCAUCAACCUCACAUACAGCAGUAUCACAAAGCUCAGUAAAGAUGAAACCGUUGGCUGCUGGCAAGUUCUGACUGUGAAGGAAAACUUCGUCGUUGCUUGUCUUUCUGCUCUCAACUCUACACCCCAUGUGGUUGUGGGUGCACUCACGGAAAAUAAUGAUGUGAAAACAUGGAUACCCAUCGAACCAGACGACAACAAGGUGUCUGGUAUUAGCUGGUACAUCCUGCAGUUCUCACCGCCAGAUGAGUCAAAUAUGAUAUUUGAAGCUACCCUUGUGACGCCAAAGAACGAGACAGACCUGCCUCUCAUAGUGUGGCCCCACGGUGGCCCUCACAGCUCCUUUCAUGCUGGCUUCGACCUCUACCCCAUUCUCUUCGUCAAGUGUGGAUUUGCUGUGCUGCUUGUGAAUUACAGAGGAUCCAAGGGAUUUGGAGAGGACAAUCUCCAAUCGCUAUUGGGAAAGAUUGGUCAGCAAGACGUAUUUGAUGUUCAGUGCGCAGCUGAAGUGGCAGCUCAGCGAGAUGAGAUCAAUCCAGACAAGAUGAUCAUAUUUGGUGGUUCUCACGGAGGCUUCUUGGCAUGCCAUGCUAUUGGCCAGUUCCCGAGCUUUUAUAGGGCAUGUGCAGUUCGUAACCCUGUCGUGGACCUUUCAUCCAUGGAUGGAACUGACAUUCCCGACUGGCGUUGCGUUGAGAGUGCCGCAAUCCCAGACUACACAACAAGUUGUGUGCCGGAGCCCAAGCAGUUGGAGCAGAUGUGGAACAAGUCCCCCAUGAAGUUUGUCAAAAAUGUGCGUGUUCCAACCUUGGUCAUGGUGGGCAAGAAUGACCUGCGGGUGCCAAUGACACAAGGCAUGAAGUUCUACAAAACGCUUCUUGCCCAGGGAGUCAGUUCACAGCUGUACACGUAUGAGGACAACCAUUCAAUAUCCAAAGUCAAUGCAGAAGCAGACAUGUUUGUGAAUACUGUCCUUUGGUUCAAGAAAUUCAUCAACUAAGUUGGAUGUAUCAGCAAAAAGUGCCUGUAGAGACAAGCGUCUACCGUGCUGCAUCGUGGAAAAAGAAAGAAAAACUUCUGUCAAUUAAUUUUUAUUGCUAGAAAGAUGUGCACAUAGAAUCAUGUGAAUCCAUGCCAGGUUCUCUUUAUACGUUCAGCCAGCGCAAUGUUAAUGGUGUGCAGGAUUGCAAGUUCUCAUAAAGAUGAGUGUUUUAUGUUGAUGUUACAAAUAAAACUGGAAAGUUGCAAUAUUGCA